GGUCGUUUGUAGUGAAUCCCUGUGCUAGAAUACCGGUCCAAAAUGCCAUCGCCAAACAUUCAAUCGGUUGGGUCGGAUGAAAGUGUGGUAAUAUCGGGCAUAGCUGGACGUUUUCCGCAGUCGGAUGACGUGCGCGAGUUUGCGCGCAAUAUGUACGAGAAGCGUGAUCUGGUAGACGACAAGGAGACUCGGUUUACCCACGCUAUGCAGGCCAUUCCAAGGCGCUUCGGGAAGAUUAACAAUCUGCAGAAAUUCGAUAGGCAAUUUUUCGGUUAUGAUCGUCGGCAGCGGGAUACGAUGGAUCCCCAGCAGUGGAUGGCUCUGGAGCAUGCUUUCGAGGCUAUUUUGGACGCAGGAAUCAACCCGGAAAGCUUGCGAGGCACUCGGACGGGUGUUUUCUGCGGAGUUUGUUUCUCGGAGUCUGGAGCACGAAUGUACUACAGUGCGCUGGGAAAUGCCGAAAAAGGGAUGGGACUGCAAGCCUUCAACAAGUCAUACUUGGCGCUUAGAGUGUCUUACACGUUGGAUUUGAACGGACCGAGUGUUGUGGUUGAUACGGCCUGCAGCAGUUCGAUGUACGCUUUAGACGUUGCUUAUCGAAGCAUCUUGAAUGGUGAUUGCGAGGCAGCAAUAGUAACUGGGUCAAACUUGACACUGCAUCCGUUCAUCUCGUAUCAGUUUGCACUUUUGGGUGUGUUGUCCAAGGAUGGAUACUGUCGGCCGUUUGAUAAGGAGGCUUCCGGGUACACGAGAUCGGAGGCAGUUUGUGCGAUAUUCCUUCAGAAAAGUAAGAACGCCAAGCGAAUAUAUUGCCAUGUUGUGCACUCCAAGACGAACUGUGAUGGAUUCAAAGCGGAAGGGAUAACCUAUCCGUCGGGAUUGGUUCAGCAACAGUUGUUACGAGAAAUCUACGAUGAAGUGGGGAUCAGUCCGAUUCAGGUGGACUACGUUGAAGCUCAUAGCACUGGUACUGUAGUGGGUGAUCCGGAAGAAUGCGAUGCAAUUGAUAAGGUUUAUUGUAAGGGACGAGAUACAGCUUUGCUCGUGGGGUCGGUUAAGUCCAGCAUAGGGCAUACCGAAGCAGCUGCGGGAUUGUGCUCGAUAGCGAAAUGUAUCAUUGCGAUGGAAUACGACUCGAUUCCCCCAAAUAUAAAUUACACUGAGUGUAGAAAAGAUAUCCCCGCAUUGGUUGAAGGCCGAUUGAAGGUCGUCACGGAGGCUACGCCUUUACCCGGGCCAUUGAUUGGGAUUAACUCUUUCGGGUUUGGCGGAGCUAACGCCCAUACUUUGUUGUGUCGCAACUUGAAGGAGAAGAAGAAUAACGGUGUGCCGGAAGACGACCUACCGAGGAUAGUUUUGUGGUCCGGAAGUACCCGAGAAGCUGUUGAAUGUAUGCUUCAGGAUAUCAGUCAACGACCGUUGGACGCUGAAUUCAUUGGGCUGAUGCACAAUAUCGAAAAGCAACCGAUACAAGGUCAUCGUUACCGUGGCUUUGGGGUAUACCAGAAAGAUGGCGAAAGAGCAAGUAUUCUGAAAGAAUCGUGUAUCGAGCGAGUUAAACUUGAAUCCCUUCCAACCGUUGCUAUCUUCGGGGGAAUUAAUGUCGGCUGGAAGCAGGAUUUGGACAGUCUGAGAAAGAUUUCGUCGGUAGAUGCGUUUUACACAAUGUGUAAGGAGGUACUCAAAACAUUAAAAUUUGAUCUAUACAAGGCCCAUCCACACGAGAAGGAUCUUCUCUACAAUAUGGUUGGUUCAACGGUACUGCAAUUAUCAAUCAUUGAUUUGCUGGUCUCGAGUGGAGUUGCCUUAGAUUUCUACGGGGGUCAUUCAGUCGGACAGUUCAUUUGUGCCUACAUUGACCGCUGUUUGACCCUGGAACAAGUUCUGAAGCUCGCUUUCUGGCAUGGUCUGGUUUAUUCCGACUGCCACGCUCUCUGCGAAAGUUCGGCAUUUGUUCGAAUGAACGCCAAAUUGAAUCAACUACCACUGAAAAAUAUUAUAAAAAAUUCUGCAUCGUCAUUCGGUAUUCUAACAUCCUCGGAGAGAAACAUAAUCGAGCAGGUUCAUCAGCUGAAGUCAUCUGGAUUUUUGGCGGAAGAGUUAUCGUUCUUAUGUUUCCACUCGGCGCCCGCUUGCUCUGGAACUUUGAGUAACACACUGCGUCAAACCGUGAAUGUCGUUUUAUCUAAAAUCAUUGAACCUUCAAACAAGUGGAUCACAGCAAGACUACCCCAAGGAUGCUCAAUUUUCCACUCACCGGCACUGCAUGAUGCAUCAUCGAUCGUUUGUAUGCUCGACAAGAUUCCCAGUCACACGAACGUUUUGCAACUGGAUAGCGCGCAGACUUGCGAGAAAGUACUCCAGAUGAUGCAUAGACACUCUCGUUGCUUAACGCCCAGUUCGGAGUCCUCCGAUGCCAUUUGUCGACUCCUAAGUGUGAUUGGCCAAUUACAUUUGAUUUCCCAAAACUUGGACGUCGCUCAUCUGUAUCCUCCGGUGCAGUUCCCAGUUUCACGAGGAACGCCAAUGAUUGCGCCUUUGGUCCACUGGGAUCAUCGUGAAGACGCCCAUAUCGUGAAAUACACCUGGGAUCAAACGGCCAAGUCCCGAGUUGGCACCGUCAACAUUUCCGUGUCCAGUCAGGACUGGAAGCACAUCGAGGGUCACAACAUUGGCGGUAGGGUGCUGUUUCCGGCUACGGGAUACCUCAAACUGGUAUGGGAUCACGUUGCAUACCUUGCGCACUGCGAUUUGGAGGACUUCGCGAUAGAGUUCGAAGAUGUGAGGUUCUUGCGGGCAACUAAUAUCACCAAGGGGCAAACCAUUCGGUUCAGGGUUGCCGUAGAGGAGGUAUCUGGAUUUUUCGAGGUGAUAGAAGGUGACACGAUAGUUGUUACUGGAUUUGCUCGACAAUGGAACGAUAGCGUCCAGGAGAGCUUCAGGGAAGAAAGGAGUUCAGUGGCAGUACUUCGUACGAAAGAUUUCUAUAAAGAGCUCCGUUUGAGAGGAUACUAUUAUUCGGAUCAGUUCAAAUCGGUUCUGGAGUCUAAAGCAGACGGAUCGCUCGCGAAAAUACAGUGGAAAGGCAACUGGGUACCGUUCUUGGAUUGCUUGCUGCAAGUUGGAAUUAUAGCAACUGAUAGUCGGCAACUGAUGGUACCAACAGCUAUUGAGAAGCUGUCUGUGUCGCCGAGAGCUCACAUGGAAAUGAUCGAAAGAAAUGAGGACGGCACUGAGUUCUUCACGAUGAGGACUUGCUUGCUCACCAAUACGUCGAUUUGUGGAUCGGUGAUGAUUCGUAAUUUGCGAGCUAGCAGCGUGAAUCGUAGGAAUCCCCCGGGAAAUCCAGUCUUGGAGAUUUAUCAAUUCGUUCCUUUCCAUUCGGAUCAUUACAUUCCAACAGUGGAAGCCAUUAGAAUCAUCGUCCAGUUGGCUCUGGAGAAUGCUCCAACCUUCACUGUUAACGUUACAGAAAUCCACCACAAAGAUUCUCAGCCUAUAGUGCAAUUGUUCGGAGAUGCUGUGGCUGAUUUACCGUUAGUCCAAUCCAAUCUGACCCUUCUAAGCACUAAAAGUAUUGAGUUGGACGACGUCACCGUUCAAGACGAGAAACUUUCAGGCCUAACAAACCAACUGUUUUUGAUCACUAAUAGCAAAUUGGAAGAUAACACAUUCAUUCAGGAAGCUGUUGGAUGUUUAGUUGAUCGCGGGUUUAUAAUUGCCCGGAGCACCAAUCCUGCAGAGCUAACUGUACCAACCCAGUUCACUUUAGUGGCUUCGUUCCGCGUUGAUCAAUCCGAAACCCUCAUCUGCUUACAGCGAAAAGCCUUCGCAGAAUCUCCAAUAGUUGUCAAGCUAGAUUCAGUUGAAAUGAGCUGGCUAACGAAUCUCAAACGAGCAGUCAAAAGCCGAUCGGUGCUUCUGUAUGCACAGAAUGACCCGACUUCUGGAAUCAUCGGUCUGGUGAAUUGCAUCCGGAAGGAGCCCAAAAUGCAAGAUGUACGGUGCGUGUUCAUCGACGAUCCGAAGGCCCCGCCCUUCAUGAUCAGCGACCCUUUUUACAAAAAUCAGCUGGACCUGGGUUUGGCGAUCAACGUGCUGCGUAACGGAGUCUGGGGUAGUUAUCGUCACCAGUUGUUGCCGAAGCUCCCCAAAACGGAAUCUGUAACAAGCCAUUGCUUUGCAAACAGUCUUACGAGAGGUGAUCUGUCAUCGAUGAUGUGGUUUACAGGAGCGCUCAAUGAGUUGAGUGUUGUUCCUUACAAGGUGAAGGUAUCGUACUGCACCUUGAACUUCCGCGAUGUGAUGGUUGCCAGUGGUAGAUUAUCGUCGGAUGUUAGCUCGUCCCAUCGAUUGGAUGAAGAUUGUGAACUUGGUUACGAGUAUGCUGGAGUGAUGGAAGAUGGCAGACGGGUUAUGGGAGUUGUUCCCUCAGGAGCAUUAUCUUCAAUUGUUAAUGCAGAUCCGUUAUUGCUCUGGUAUGUUCCAGACGAUUGGAGCCUAGAAGAAGCCUGUACUGUUCCAAUUGUUUAUUUAACCGUAUUGGUGUCAUUUUUCUUAAAAGCUCACAUACGAAAGGGCCAGUCGGUUUUGAUCCACGCCGGAAGCGGUGGUGUUGGAUUGGCUGCAAUACAUAUCGCUUUCCGAUAUGGUUUGGAGGUUUACACCACAGUUGGUACUGCGGAAAAACGCAAAUUUCUGUUGUCGAUGUUUCCUAAGCUAAAAUCGGAAAACAUCGGAAAUUCGCGAGACAGUUCCUUCGAGCAGAUGGUCAAGCUGAGAACCAAAGGCAAGGGCGUAGACUACGUGUUGAACUCGCUGGCUGAAGAGAAGCUGCACGCUUCAGUAAGAUGUCUGGCGAAAGGUGGCCACUUUUUGGAAAUCGGCAAGUUCGAUAUGGCGAAGGAUUCACAGGUCUCUCUGGAUCAAUUUAAAAAAGGCAUCACAUUUUCAAGCGUGUUGUUGGACGCUGCCAUUAGAGAUACUGAUACUGUGAAAAAGGGUAUGCAUGAUAUGUUUCAGAGGGCAAUAGAGGACGGAAUGAUAAAGCCUCUGAAUACAACUGUUUACGAAGCUGGCGAGCUGGAGAAGGCGAUGAGAUACUUGGGCAGUGGAAAGCAUACCGGAAAAGUUGUGAUCAAGCUUCGUGAAAAUGAAACCGAUGUCCAAACAUUGCCCAUAACCUACUUCCCAAAAGUGUACUGUGAUCCAAACCAAGUGUACAUAAUCAUCGGAGGCUUGGGAGGCUUCGGUUUGGAGCUGGUCGAUUGGCUGGUGCUCAGAGGUUGUAGAAAGCUGGUUUUCAGUUCAACUCGAGGCAUCUCCAAGCCAUAUCAGGAAUACAGAAUCAAAAUUUGGAACAGCUAUGGGGCUCACACGCAUAUUUGCAUGGCAGAUGUUACCACAGAAGAUGGAUGUCGCACACUCAUCGAAGAAGCUUCCCAAAUGGGCACGAUUGCAGCGAUCUACAACUUGGCAGUCAAGCUACGGGACGCCAUAUUGGAGAAUCAAACAGAGGAGAAGUUCGCGGAAUGUUUAGCACCGAAAGCAAAGGCUACCGAGCACCUGGAUCGAAUCAGUCGAACAAAUUGUCCUGGCUUGAAGCAUUUCGUUGUGUUCUCCAGCGUGUCCUGCGGUCGCGGAAAUGCAGGUCAAAGCAAUUACGGUAUGGCAAACUCGGUGAUGGAACGGAUAAUUGAGCGAAGACAUGCGGAUGGUCUUCCCGGCAAGGCCAUUCAAUGGGGUGCAAUAGGAGAGGUUGGACUGGUGGCAGACAUGGCCGAGGAUAAGAUCGAUUUGGAGAUCGGAGGAACAUUGCAGCAACGUAUUUCAUCGUGUCUACAGGAGAUGGACUACUUGCUGACGUGUGAAGCUCCGCUUGUGGCCAGUAUGGUGGUUGCGGAGAAGAGAGGAGGUGGAUCGAAGAACGUUGUCGAAGCUAUGAUGCACAUUAUGAAUAUCAGAGAUUUGAAAUCGUUGUCAAUGGAGAGUACUCUGGCCGACAUUGGAAUGGACUCGUUGAUGGCGGUAGAAAUCAAACAGGUUUUGGAAAGAGAUUUCGACAUUGUUCUGUCUCCGCAAGAAUUGAGAACACUCACUUUUGCUAAAUUAAUUAGAAUGGUUGAUGAGGUGAAGAUGGCUGAGAAGAAUCGUGAAGCAGAUGUUCCAACUCUCGGCUUACAUAUGUUGAUGCGGAACCUCGGCAACGAGGAAACUAGCGAAUCUACGCUCCUACGUGUACCAUCCGCUGGUGAAAGUGGUUGUCCAAUAAUUUUUAUUCCAGGCAUUGAAGGUGUUGCUGGUAAUGCUAUAAAAUCUGUUGCAGAGCAACUGAAGGCUCCAGUAUACAUGCUUCAGUUGACUAGUACACUGGAUUGUGAGUGCGUUUCAGCUAUUGCUGAUGGCAUAAUCGAUGAGAUAAGCUCGUUGGCGCUCAGUGAAUAUGCCAUUGUUGCUUACUCGUUCGGAGCCUUCGUGGGAAUCGAGUUAGCGAGGCAAUUUCGGAAGCGCGGAAUUCGUGGAAAGCUUCUGCUGCUAGACGGUGCUCCAAAGUUCUUGAAAUUGCUCGCUCUCAAACAACUAAACUACAACACAUCAGACGAAGAAAUUCAGAAGCUUAUAAUUUCCGCAAUGAUUGCCAUGGCGUUCAAUCACCAAUCGAUUGAGCGCAUUUCUUCGACCAUGCAAGCGCAAUCGUUCGAUGAUCAAAUUGAACAGUUGAUCGAGCUGGGAGCGGAACAAAGUCCGUACUCGGCGGACUACACGAGGAAAAUGACUAAAGCCCUGUUCAGGCGGUUGAAAAUGGCAGCCCUGUUCGACCUGGAUCAAUGCGAGCCAUUGGAUGUCCCAAUCACUUUGGUUCGACCGACGGAUGCAUCUUUUUCGGACAUUGAAGAGGACUACGCCCUUUCGCAGUGCACCACCGGUCCCAUUGCGCUUCGGAUGGUCGAAGGCACUCACAUGUCGAUGGUGGAGAAUCCGGCUCUGCUCGGGUUGAUUAACAGUUGGUAUUCGUGAUAUGGUUUAACCAGUGAUAGUAACGUGUAAUCAUUCAUUUCAAUAAACGAGUUGGUCUCUUUUGUUUGAUUUCUUAGUAA